AUGAAUGUGUUUGAUGAGACAAUAGCAUUCAAAGUGUUUGAAGCCUCCAAGUUUCCAAGUGAUGAGCAUGAAGUUUUUCAUCUUGAUGCAAUUGAUACUAUGGUGAAAGAAGCACUGCCAAUGAGUUAUUUGGAGCCCAUUGAAGCAUGCAUCACACAAAGCAUAAGGAAAGAAGAAGUGGACAGCUUAGAGGCUGUGAUCUCUCCUUUACUUCUUGAGCUUGUUUACAGCAUGGAUAGCUACAUAGAAGAUGGAAAGAGGUUUGAAUCAUUACCCCUACCUACUAAUAAGGUUUUACCUUCUAUUGUGCAAGCACCAGAGUUGGAAUUGAAGCAAUUGCCAAAACACCUUAAAUAUGCUUAUAUAGGUGAAAAUGAGACUCUACCUGUUAUCAUUGCCUCACACCUCAAACCAAAUGAUGAAAAGAAGCUUUUGAGAGUUCUGAAAGAGCACAAAACUGCAAUUGGGUGGAGCAUUGCAGAUAUCAAGGGCAUAAGUCCAACACUGUGCAUGCACAAGAUAUUAUUGGAAGACAAUGCAAUGCCUAAGAGGGAUGCCCAAAGACGUCUCAAUCCAAACAUGAAGGAGGUGGUAAGGAAAGAGGUAAUGAAGCUUUUAGAUGUUGGUAUUAUUUACCCUAUUUUUGAUAAUAAAUGGGACAUGGAUUUUGUGUUUGAUCAAGACUGUGAGAAUGCUUUCAAUGCUUUGAAGAAGAUGCUCAUAACUGCCCCAAUCAUUAUACCACCGGAUUGGAGCUUGCCUUUUGAAUUGAUGUGUGACGCCUCAGAUUAUGUCGCUGGAGCUGUUUUGGGACAGCGAGUUGACAAGAAGCCACAUGCCAUCUACUAUGCUAAGUUUGACUUGAAGAUAAAAGAUAAGAAAGGAAGUGAGAAUGUCGUGGCUGAUCACUUGAGUAGAUUGAUGCAUGUAUCUAAUGAAGAGGAGGAUUCAUUGCCAUUGCGUGAAAGCUUCCCUGAUGAGCAACUCUUCUCCAUUUGUGCUUUGAAUUCUCUCAAUCCAUUGCCUUGGUUUGCUGAUAUUGUUAACUAUUUGUGCACUAAUGAACUCCCUAUAGGGUUAUCUACGUUCCAACGUGACAAGCUUAGGAAGCAAGCAAGAUACUACUUUUGGGAUGAUCCAUAUUUAUUCAAGCAUUGCCUAGACCAAGUAAUUCGAAGGUGUGUGCCUGAAGGUGAUUUUAAGAGCAUUCUAGAGUUUUGUCACUCCCAUGCAUUUGCUGUCGAUUAUGUUUCCAAAUGGGUGGAAGCUAUUGCCACUAGAACUAAUGAUGCUAAGGUUGUGAUCAGUUUUCUCAAAGGAAAUAUUUUUACAAGGUUUGGCACACCUAGAGCAAUUAUUAGUGAUGGUGGCUCCCACUUUGUUAACCAAGCUUUUGCAGCACUCUUGAAGAAAUAUGGAAUCACGCAUAAGGUGGCAACACCCUAUCAUCCUCAAACUACUGGGCAAUACGGAGAUUAA